AUGGCGGAGACACGUCAAGACAGUUCAGGAUCUCCCGCUGGAUACACUCCAAUCUGGCUUACAGCAAACGCGUUCGAAAUCACGCAACUACCGACUGGAAGGUAUCACAUGUACCACGUGGGUAAGCCCCCUUUUUUACGACGUGCAGGGUCUGCGGCGCGAUUAUUAGGUUGGCUUACUAUUGGAGAACUCGCAGAAUUCGACCCUCCCGCCCUCCGGACCUACAGAAUAAGAUUGAUGCAACAUUUGCAAACCAUUGUUGCGCCAGAGAUUUUCACCCCUCCAAUUUUAUAUGACGGACAGGCAACUGCGUAUGCCUCUAGGCUACUCCCACACGCGAAGAAUGAAAAUGGGGCCUAUUUCAUUAGCAUGAAAUCAUGGAAACCCCUUCAUGCUGCUGGAAUAGGAAUAAUCAAGAUCAAAUUCUCUCUGACCUCUGCAGAACAAAUAGACCCAAGGCACGUCUACGACCUCAUUCAGGAGAAAACGAGAACUCCAAGAGCGUUAGCUGCUUUGAAUUUGGUUCAAUUGCUUAUACAACAGGGUCAAAAUUUGUACAGAACUCGCAAAACAUGGACUUCCUUCAAUUCGACGAACGGGCUUAAACUUGAGGGUAGUGGUUUAGAGGUUUGGGAUGGAAUAAUUCAAACAGUUAGACCUGCACAUGGUAGAUUGAUAAUCGUAAUGCAGACUUCUGUUGGACUAGCAAUUGAUGGCACAAGAUCACGGCCUAAGUCAAUUCGAGGACUGGUCCCAACUGCUGGAGAAUAUUUUUUGCACGAAAAUGAGUUGGAACCGACGGUUGCUCAAGAUGUCUACACACAAUUACGCAAUCCUAAGAAUAUUGGUGUUCGCCUUCAGUCAAAUGAUGUAGUUCCACUGGAGCUUUGCGAAGUUGAACCUGGGCAACUCUUUAAAAACAGGCUUCCUUAUGACCUGACUACAAAGUUUACGAGGAAGGCAGUCGUACCUCCGAGUUCCAAGAUGUGCAAGAUCAAAGAUGCGGUACAACUAUCUAUUCAUUCGAAAUUUAUUUUAGAAGCAGGAAUGAAGAUUAGCCCUAGUCCCAUCACAAUCAGUGCUAAAUUACUGCUCCCUCCUCGGAUCGUCUUCAACCCGACUGAUCCUCAUUUGACAUUCAAGAAUGGUGCUUGGAAUACCUUGCAACAAGGGUUUACUAACCCUGUGGCUAUGAAAUAUUGGGUGAUUAUCUCAUUCGCCACAGAAACAAAGAAAUCGAUAAUAUUUCAUGACCUCAGACGUCAUAAAUCCUGUAUCGUUGAGUCCUGUACAAGACUUGGCAAGAAUGGGAAUGUCAUGAACAGUUGUUUAAGUAUCAGAAGUGUUACCAACUUGGGUCCCUCAGAUGUCAAUGAAUCGCCAUUUAUGGUACCAGCUAAAAUUUCCGAUGAUGUCGAGUUUACAAUGUCUGAUGCUAUCAAAAAAUAUUAUGACAUACAAGUGUUUGGACUCGCAGAGGGUCAAAAGCCUCCAAUCACCUAUAGCCAGUACCUACGGGAAUUGAUGGUCGUUGUUAUCUUGCCAGGACUCAGCAGGGCUGCACCAAUCAGACGUCGAGUUAAGUGGUGGGGUGAUAUAACCCUAGGGGUGUUAACUCAAUGCCUCCAGGAAGGUAGGUUACCAACCAGGCAAAGCCGCCCAAAUAACAUCAGUCAAUACUAUAAUAAUGUUGCUCUCAAAUUAAAUGCCCGCCUCGGAGGAACCAACUUCUACAGUGAUUCGCAAGUCAUGCAGCAACUCAAAACGGACCGUUUCAUCAUCAUGGGCGCGGGCGUUAGGCAUCCAGAGCACAGUGUGAGAAGACCAUCGUUUACUGGGGUCGUCUAUUCUCUCGACGACACUGCUACACAGUAUGCAGCCUUGCCUGGAAUACAAGUUCCUGGAGUGGAUCGUAUCAUGGAUCUACAGGAUUACGUUUUUCAAGCGAUCGACACUUUUGGCCGUAAGUGGAAAGGACCGCCUAAACGUUUGAUAUUCUACAGGGACGGUAUUUCCGAAACCCAGUUCAAAUCAUUAGCUCUGCGCGAAAUAUCCGACAUCAAAAGCGCAUUCUCAAAGCUGUGGAAAAAGUAUGAAAUAUCGCGGGAUAAAACUCCCUUCCCUCUUUUGACAUAUAUUGUCGUAGGAAAGCGAGAAGUAAAAGAUGGAUAUACGUUUGCUGGGACUGUAGUCGACAGCGGAGUAACAAAUCCUGCUGUGCCCAAUUUCUAUUUACAGAGCCAUUCAUCCAAGAAAGAUUGGCAAAGGCAAAACGCUUCCCGCUCCCGUCACUAUAGCAUCCUCCAUGACGAGAAUUGGCAUUACGACAUGCAACCUCUACAAGAGCUUUCGUAUUCUCUUUGCCACAACUACGCAAAGGCGACAUGCGCUAUCUCAAUUCCCACACCCGUAAAUUAUGCCGAUUUAGUAUGUUCCCAUGGAAUGCUUCAUUUUCAUCCAGAAGAGGAUGAUCUUGAUGAAGAGUCAGCGUACACCUAUUGGAACUAUGAAGAAAAGGAGAUUGCGAUGGAGCGCUGGAGAAAGGCUUUCCGGAAAGUGCACCCCAACCUUGAGACUUCCAUCCAGGAACAUCACGGAGGUGGUCCACAGGCUGGUGGAACCUUAAAAUUCUCUUCUCUCACAGCACCUGCUUGGGGUUUCCAUGAUGAAACUCUACCUACCGCCGAGCCUCGUGUUAAUUGA